AUUACCUCCUCUCCCAGCAGCACAAAUUGCAUGCAUUGUGCAGCCUGUCUGCUUGGCAGUAAAGCAUUCAGUCAGGAAUGUGUAGAAUUGCUGGGAACCAGCACCUAGCCAUCCUGUAGCUAUUCCAAUGUUAGCACUAACUGAGCAGGACUUCAUAGCAUUGGCUAAUACAUGCCAACAGGGCUACCUGCCUAAACAGCGAGCUCUGGUGAAUCAAGUUGCCCAUUUACUUUUGAAUAUAAGGGUUAAAUCAGAAUCAAGUGGCCUUUUAAAAUUCCUCUAUAGCUAACCCAUUACUGUCCGGAGCCAUUUAUCCCAGGUUCUUCAAUCAACAUCAACCUCGGGGGCUAAAUCAAGCUGAUGCGAUCAUUUGGCAACCCUAAGCAGACCUGCUGGAAGAGGAUCAAUUGGACAAUUUUUAAACCUGCCUAAUAUCUGUUGGCACCUGAAGCAAUGCAGCGCUCAAAACGUCUUGCUAGUAAUGCAGACAAGCAGUGGGAGGCGGAGAGACGGGGUGCAAGACGGGCAGAAGCCAGGCUUACCAAUGGCAUUCACGAAAUCGAAGAAGCCCAACUCUACCAAGUUAACAAUAUGAUAAAGGAGCAGAAACGCAUCCAAAAGGAUCUCAUGAAAAUCAAAGAAGCAUCCAAGAAGACUUCUGGCAGUCCUAGAGGCAAAGUCCCUGACUAUGGUACGGGUAGAUUAUUACAACAUCCAUCCAGCAUGGGUGGGAGGAGCCAAAAUCCUGCCCCUGGAAUAGGUGGCAGAAGCACAGGGAAAAAGGCAGAGGCUAUGACAGUAGGACCAGUGAUGGCAUCUGGCUCAUCUAUGACUCUACAGAUGCGUAUUAAUGACUUCAUGGAUGGUGUUAACAGCAAGGGGGCAAAGAUGGGGUCUCCCUCUGUCUCUAGACCGGAGUCUGAGUCAAGCUCUUUUGAGGAUAACCUGAGUGCAGUUAAUAAUAUUAUUGCUGAGAAACUGAGUAUCUCUGACAAUCCCAACAUGAUGGAUAAAUCAGUCUCCAGCAAUGAGGAGCAAGGCUCAUCUGAAAAUGCAGUAGGAACUGUUUGCAAAUCUCCUACAGAUGUUGCCCCUCAAAGACCGGGGCAUACCAAUGCUCAAUCUCUUAGACAAAGGAGGGGUUCUCUCUUAAAAGAAAAUCUAGUUUUUGAUGAGGAGGUUUAUGCCCCUGAUGGAAGUCUCCGCACUGUACAUACAAUGCCUGACCUCAUGCAAUCCCUGGAAGAAGCUAGAAAAGCCAGAUAUAUUCGGCACAGACACAGGCCUGACUUUGAGAAAGAGCUGAGUGUACAAGAAAUAUUCCAAAAGGAUCAAGGUGGAAACCCUCAUGCCAACUCAUCUAAAGGAAAUGCUGGCAAUUAUGUUAGGAAAAAAUAAUGUUUUACCAAUUCCAAUGGUCAAAAGAAUGACUUCUAUUCUACAUGGAACCUAUCAAGAGUGUGAUGGCCAGAGUCUCUCUUAUUUGUCCAUGGACCCACAUGUAUUUAUCGGAUAUGUGUUAUGUUUCAGGGAAAAGGGUCAGCAGUAAUAAUUUUGGAUUUACUAACUGUCUCCAUUCUUUUGAAUUUUUGUACACAAAUUCCUAAUCAUGGGGUCUAAUGAAGGAUAAUGGUGGAAUUUUAAUGAGUUGAAAUAAAAUUCAUUACAAUACCACACAUAUACCUGACAAGACCCUUUAGUAGUAAUUUCAAAUAUAAUAAUAGAUUGACGUUGUAAACAUUUGAAUGAAUAGUAUGCAGACAGGCAAUAAGUUCCUAAAAAUUGCUAUAACAUAAAUGGGGUUCAUCUUCCAUUUGUAUAAUUUCUAAAAGGUACCUAAAUGUUCAACUUUUUUUUACCAUUUAUGAUAAACAAAUGCUAAUUUAUUAUCACAUUUUAGUGUUGUUUUUGCGCAGCAGUGAUGUUAUGUUUCUAUUGGCUGGAGCUGCACCCUCUAAAUGUUGAUGAUUCCCUAAUAUUAUAAAAAAAAUGAUUUAA